AUGCCGACACGCGACAGAGGACGUCAGCACACGGCCGAGUAUGCGCAACUGAAAGCGCAGCUCCUGGAGCUGGCCGAAGAGUCCAAGUCCGUUCUAUUGGAACUCGGAUCGGCGCUGAACCAGCGCUACGGGAAGCGCGCGCCGGACCACCCGACGCAGCAGCUUUUCCGUCGCAAGAACGAGGCGGUCAAUCGCCUGAGGGAGUUUAUGGCUGCGCCGGGCUUUUAUGAGACGGGCGACGGCGUGCAGCACGAUACGUACGACGGCCAGCAGCAGCGGGUGAUUGAGAGGCUGCAAAAGCAGCUGGCGGACCAAAGCGCUGCGUUCGAAGUCGAACGACAGCGCUUGCAGCAGCAGCAGCAGCUCACGAGCGGUUCUUUGACGACUCAGAGCGAGCUAAAUUCGUCAUUGGAGAGGAUUAUGCCGCACCUGCGGGGGCUGCUGCACGCAUAUGACCGCGAGCACGGACAACACGCCACGAAGACGCGACCACAGACUGUCACAGCAAAGGGUCAGCCUUCGAACCACGAGCUGACGCAGCGUCUACGCGAGAUGCAGACGAAGUUUGAUGCCGAACGAGCUGAUCUCUUGGAACAAGCGAGUGAAGCAGUGAAUGCCCAGGUCGAUAUUAGCCACGAAAUUCUGGCGGGGCGGGAAGCGGCGCUCACGUGCCCAAUUUCGCUCGAUUUGUUUGAGGACCCGGUCGUCACUACGUGUUGUGGGAAGACGUUCUCGUCGGGGGUGUUGCACCAGGCUCUGCGACGCAGUAACUACUGCCCCUUUUGUCGCGCACACAAUGUUUCGACCCACACUAAUCGUGACAUGGCAAAUUUGGUCGAGCUCCACCGGGCAGAGCGCUUGGUGCUGGGCUUGCCAGAAAGCGUUGCUACCAGCGCCCCGGCGGCCACCACCGACUUAGUAGCAGAGGAAGCCCAACUCGUACAAGAGAUUGAGCACCGCCGUCAAGUGUUGGAUUUGAUGUCCAGCGAGAAUUCCCAUGUGGCGCAACUCUUGGAAACUGCCCUCCGAGACCAUGACAGAGCUCGACCUCGGUCGGGCAUUGACCAUCAAACGAUUGUGUUCGAUUCUUCAUACUACGACUCGGACUACUAG